CUGCUGCAGGAUAAAGUUAUUGCCCUCUGAGUUCUUUAUAAAGGGGGAGUAGCUUAAACAUAGAGUAGACAGUCCCAGUCCGGGUCUAAAUGAGUCCAGCAUGUGGAGUUACAUAAACACAUAAGCAGAGAGAGUCUACAGUCAGGAGGUCUUAGUCCCUCCCCGCAGAGUCCAGAGUCCUGCAGACACACACACACACACACACACACAGGUACACUCAAGUACACUCAGGUAGAGGGUCACAGAGGCAGCCUGUCACACACACACACACACACACACACACACACACACUCACACACACACACACACACUGAGACGGGACAGCAGCCGUGUGUGUGCCCGGCUGUGUGCCCGGGCCAUGCGGGGACAGGAUGGGGGAAGAAGUAAGAGUUUCCCCGCUGAAGAACUUCGUGGCUGGAGGGGUCGCAGGAGCCUGUCUGCUGCUGGCAGGACACCCACUGGACACCAUCAAGGUGAGACUCCAGACGCAGCCCAAAGCCUCCUGCACUCAGUAUGUUCUCUACAACGGAACAUACGACUGCUUCCGCAAGACCGUUUCUAAAGAGGGCAUCCUCGGCCUCUAUAAAGGGAUGGGUGCUCCUCUGGCCGGCGUGGCUCCGAUGAUGGCCAUCAGUUUCUUCGGGUUCGGUCUGGGAAAACAGCUCCAGCAGACGGACCCUAAUAAACCCCUAACGCACACUCAGAUAUUCCUCUCCGGCUGUCUGGCGGGAGUCUUCACGACAGUCAUCGUGGCUCCAGGAGAGAGAAUCAAGUGUUUACUGCAGGUUCAGGCCAGCGGCGGGAACUCAAAGUAUGCAGGUCCUCUGGACUGUGCGGUGCGGCUCUACAAGGAGCAGGGGAUCCGCAGCGUCUACAAAGGAACUGUCCUGACUCUGAUCAGAGAUGUGCCUUCCAACGGUCUCUACUUCCUGACUUAUCAUUACCUCAAAAACUUCCUCACACCUGAAGGUCAAAGUGUGUCUCAGCUCAGCACUCCAAACAUCCUCCUGGCUGGAGGUAUAGCAGGAAUAUUAAACUGGACGAUCGCUCUUCCUCCUGACGUCCUGAAAUCAAACUUCCAGACAGCUGCAGAAGGGAAGUACAGAGGUCUGCUUGACGUCCUGAGAACGCUGCUCCGAGAAGAAGGACCCAAAGCUCUUUAUAAAGGAUUUAACGCCGUGUUUCUACGAGCCUUCCCUGCCAACGCGGCCUGUUUCCUGGGGUUCGAGGUGGCGUUAAAAGGACUGAACGCCCUCGCUCCCACCUGGUGAAUAAGUCUGUAACUCAGACGUUGUUACAGACGUGUGUGGGUGUGUGUGUGUGUGUGUGUGUGUGUGUGUGUGUGUGUGUGUGUGUGUGUGUGUGUGUGUCUUUGGAGUCCCGUUCUAGGAUGAUGACAUGUAAUGAAUUCUUGUUUUCUUGAAUGUAAAUUCACCUUUGAUUUUACUCGUGGUCCUCCUGUUGAACGGAGGUCAAACACUCACUUCUGUUGAGUCAUCUUAAAUGCACAUUCUGAAUGUAUGUCUGAGGGUGAAAGGAGGAUGUGAGCUGUGUGUUUACAAACUGUGAUGUUUGUAAAAUGUACUUUAAGACCGUUCAGUGUAGAACGGGUUUCACUGUUUUAAGAUUUCAAGCUCUGCCAAAGUCCGUUUAAUUUAUUCAUCUUGGUUCAGACGGGGAGUUUUAUAAAGUGUGAGUAAAGUGUUUGAAUAAAGAGAUCUUUAUUUCACAUUAAA